AUGGCAGAAGAAGCACCUGAAGGAGCACAUGUCGAGUUCGAAGAGGUCGUCAAAGAGACACCACUAGAUGCCAUUCAAGAUGAAAGCCCCAAUCUUGAAGACGAAGCGCCUGUGCUUGAGGAAGAAGCGCCUGGGACUGAGGAUGUAGCACCUGCGCUUCAGGAUGAAGCGCCUGCCGAGCAAGCUGAAGGUGCAGAGGAAGGAGAGGAGAAACCAGCAUCGCAGGCAGAGGAAUCACCACCGCAAAUUAUUGAGCCAUCAUCAUCAGCAGAAGGUGGUUUGCGGGAGGAAACUGAGGACGAAGGAGAAGUGGAACCAAAGGAAAUUUCCGCCGAGGAGCAUGAAGAAAAUAUCGUCGCCAUGGAGAAGGUCCUGGAUUCUCUUCUGAACUUGGCAGCUGAGGGCAAACUGCCAGAGAGAGAAGGGAAAAUCGAAUUUGAAAUGAAGAAGGUGGAUUCCACAGAAGAUCUUUUGGCACCUCGAUCAAUGGAGGAGUUAGAAGAGGAAGAAACUGAGGAAGAGAUCGUGUCUCCUGAGGGGAGUUUGGAGGAAAAGGUGCUAGAAGAGGAAGAGGCGGAGUCAAAGAGUGUGCAGGAGGCGUGGGCGAGGCGGCAGCUGCUGCUGGAAGAAUUCGACGCGGUGUAUGACGAGGGUCAGCGGUUGCGCAUCAUGAACAUGCUGCUGCAUUCCAAGGUGCUGCGGUGCAUGCAGCGCCGCCCGAAGGCCAAAACCCACGCAUCGUCGGUCUCCACAGUGUCUCGUACAUCACCUCCGGCUGUAGCAGACACAGCUGCGAUGGCUGAAUCUCUCGAGAAGGAACUCCUGGAGGCCGGAGAGGUGCGGUGUCAGCUGGAGGCUGAGCUCCACUGUAGCGAAGUGGAGGAGGAGCUGCGGCUGCGCCUGAGCACUGCGCGCCGACUGGUGUCAGAGAAGGAGGCACAGCUGCAGGUGCUGCAGGAAAAGGCCAUGUCCAAGCUGCGUGCACCGCUUGAAGCGGAGCAGAUGCUGAACCGCGUAUGGCCACAGCUGCUGCGACUGCGCAAGGAGCGGAUAUUGCACACGCGUGCCACACAUGAGUUGGAAAGUGCCAGAAAGCAGGUGGCCGAACUGGAGGUGUUUGGGCGGAAUCGCACAGUAGCGGCUUACGAACAGCUAUCUGCCGAUGGCGUGAAGCUGGCGGAACGUGUGCAGGAGCGCACGGAACAGCUGGCUGCACUGCGCAACGACGCCGAGCGGGACCUGCAGCAGGCGGCGCACCUGCGUGAGUCACUCCAGGGUGCUCACCAGUGCGUCGCCGACACGCGCCGCGGCGAUUUGCGCGCCUCCGUAUUCCUGCAGAGGGCUCGACAGGAAGUGCUGAACACGAAGAAGCGGCGUGACGAUUUGUACAAGGAGAACAGCAAACUCACGCAGCAGAUGGAACUCCUGGCGUAUCCGGAGCUACUCCAUGACCACGAGGAGGUGCGCCGGCGACUAAGGAUGGCGAAGGCGGACCUGGAGAAACUACGUACAGCGUACGUCAACCAAGAGAAGCGCAUAGCGGCGGCCCGCAGGCUGUUGCAGCAGAGGGAGCAGAGCCUUCGCGAGGGCGUGCACGGCCUGUCACCACAUCAGUCCUUCGUUUUGUUGCACUUGGACGCGAUGUGCGGGCCCUCGCUCCUUGACACCAAACGCGAGCGUUAG